GCCAGUAGCUGGAAAGGGGAAGAUUGGGUCCAGCAGGACAGGAGGAAGGCCUCCCACUUGCUAAAGCCAGGGUGUGCCAGGUCCCACCCUCAGAGGCGGGGCUAGGCUAAGCCCGUGGCCACAGUUCCAUCCCUCCAGAACCCAGGCAAGAGCAGAGCCUGGGCUGCCACGAGCCUGGGGCCCUACUAUCCCAGAGUGGAGGCACCAUGUUCUCCCCGGCCGGGACAUCAGACAUCUCCAGAGGCCCUGCAGGGCCAGCUGCAGCAGUUCCCUGACACAGGACAGCCCAGGCUGACGAGCACCUGUCUCCAACUGCCAUGCAUGUCGGCCGUUGCUCCAGAUUUUCCGUCCCCAGACCCAAGAUGACACCCAACAGCACCAGGGAGGUGCCCGGCGCUGUUCCCAUGGGAGCCUUUGGGCUCUCCCUGGUCCUGGCAAGCCUCAUCGUGGUGGCCAACCUGCUCCUGGCCCUGGGCAUUGCCGGGGACCGCCGCCUGCGCAGCCUGCCUGCUGGCUGCUUCUUCCUGAGCCUGCUGCUCGCUGGGCUGCUCACAGGGCUGGCACUGCCCACACUGCCAGGCCUGUGGCGCCAGAGCCGCCGAGGCUACUGGUCCUGUCUCUUCCUCUACUUAGCUCCCAACUUCUCCUUCCUCUCCCUGCUCGCCAACCUGCUGCUGGUGCACGGGGAGCGCUACAUGGCAGUGCUGCGGCCUCUCCGAGCCCCUGGGAGCGCUCGGCUGGCCCUGCUCCUCACCUGGGCUGGCCCCCUGCUCUUCACCAGCCUGCCCGCUCUGGGGUGGAACCACUGGGCCCCUGGUGCCAACUGCAGCUCCCAGGCUGUCUUCCCAGCCCCCUACCUCUACCUCGAAGUCUAUGGGCUGCUGCUGCCUGCCGUGGGUGCUGCAGCCCUUCUCUCUGCCCGUGUGUUGUUCACUGCCCAUCGCCAGCUACAGGACAUCCGCCGGCAGGAACGGGCAGUGUGCCGCGGGGUGCCCUCGGCCCUGGCCCGGGCCCUUACCUGGAGGCAAGCGAGGGCACAGGCUGGAGCCACACUGCUCUUUGGGCUUUGCUGGGGACCCUACGUGGCCACCCUGCUCCUCUCGGUGCUGGCCUAUGAGCAGCGCCCACCGCUGGGGCCUGGAACUCUGCUGUCCCUUGUUUCACUGGGCAGUGCCAGUGCAGCGGCCGUGCCUGUGGCCAUGGGGCUGAGUGAUCAGCGCUACACAGCUCCCUGGAGGGCAGCUGCCCGAAGGUGGCGCCGGGUGCUGCGGGCAAGAGCCUCACGGAGCAGUCCUGGCCCCGGCACUGCCUACUGCACCAGUAGCCAAAGCAGCAUGGACCUGGACUUGAACUAGGGGCAGGGCCUCUGCUCACUCCUACGAGAAUCGUCCAUCCAUCUCAGCCAUGCCUGUCUCCACUUGUCUGCACACCCCUGGAUCAGAGACCCUGCCCUUUUUUAUUGGUGGAAUAAAGCUCCUCUGGCCGA